AGAAUGAAACUCCUGGUGAUCGUCGUCGGUUUGGUGGCAGCAGCUGCUGCGGAGUCCCCGCCAAUCUUCCAAGACUACCACGAGGAGAUUGGUAUCCCAGCGGCUAACAGGAUAAAGCUGCUCGAGGAGUCGAUUGACUUCGACGGUUCCAGGAUUGCUGGUGGGCAGCCAUCGCAACUCGGAUCGCAUCCUCAUUUGGGUGGUCUCUUAAUUACCCUGACCAACGACAUAAUCUCGAUAUGCGGAUCUUCGCUCCUCAGCAAUACAAAGGCGGUGACCGCAGCUCACUGCUGGAGGCACAUGUCUCACCAGGCACGCAGCUUUACCGUCGUGUUGGGCUCCACCCGCCUCUUCACGGGGGGCCACCGCACUGACACCAGCAACGUCAUCACCCACGACAAUUACAACAUGUUCAACUUGAACAACGAUGUUGCUGUGAUAACCUUGAGCCACGUCCCUUACACCAACCACAUCAGAAACAUAGCGCUUGCUACUGGAAGCAGCCUAUACGUCGGCGUUUGGGCAUCCGCAGCCGGAUUCGGUGCCCAUGGUGAUAACGUUCUCGUGACCGAGACUCAGGCUAAGCACGAGGUUAUACUUCAAGUGACCACCAACGCCAUCUGUGCCCGAACCUUCGGCAACUAUGUCGUUGCACCCUCCACCAUCUGUGUGGUCACCUCUAAUGGACGCAGCACCUGUGGCGGCGACUCUGGCGGCCCUCUUAUCGUCAGCCCUGAAGGCAGUCCCAUCCUGAUCGGUAUCACUUCCUUCGGCCACCGUGAUGGCUGCCAGCGUGGAUACCCAGCCGGGUUCGCCAGGGUGACGGCAUUCGAAUCUUGGAUUAGGAGCAAUCUCUAAACUCAUACUUGUGAUAUCAC